UGCGUUUAAACGUUUAAUUUUAUUUAAUUCCAGAGCAGCGCUUAAUUUUAUCUAGCGCAAAGGAGCUGGGACAUUUAUUUUGAAGUGUAACAAAACUGGCGAAAAUAAGUGCCUUUACUCUGACGGACCAAGAAGUUUUGGCUGGAAAGGUUAGUGUUCGGAAGAGAGAGAGAGAAAAGCGUAAAUGACUAACAAGUGCUGUUAAACAUUACGUGAUUGUCUUUAAAAUUAUCACCGGGGGAUGAACUGCCAGAUUAUUGAAUGAGAGGCCAAGCACCUUCGACAGUAGCUGUCUAGCUCGCUGCUAUCUGAUACGAAGACAGCGCAAAUUACUGAGGAAAGUCGCGCUUAUUCAGACUCGGUUCUGAAGGACUUCAACUGAACUUUAACAAGGGAUGGACGACCCCGCAGUACUGGAGAUUUGGGUUUGAUUAGAAUAACGACUAACAGCGGGGUUUUCAGUGGUCAGAUGUGGCUGCUGGAGACGGGAGACGUGUCACUGAUAAAUAAAGCAGCUGGAGUUAAGAGCCACAGCGCUGACAUCCAUCCAUCCAUCGGUCCAUUCAGCUCGGUCCGCCCCACAGGGGGAGUCCAUCCAGCCUCUAUCCCGGACCUGUAGGAUUUUAUUUACCCUAAACUUCACCGCCCGGGGAAUUUAACACUUCUUAACCCCACUCUGGUGUGGAAAGACGUGUUUUGUCAGGAUGGGUUCGUUGUUUCGGAGUGAGGAGAUGUGUCUGGCCCAGCUCUUUCUGCAGUCCGGAUCCGCUUACGACUGCAUCAGUGAACUCGGCGAACUCGGGCUGGUGGAGUUCAGAGACCUUAACCCAAGUGUGAACUCUUUUCAGCGGAAGUUUGUCAAUGAAAUCAAGAGAUGUGAAGAAAUGGAGAGGAUUCUGGGAUAUCUUCUGCGGGAAAUCAAAAAAGAAGACAUCCCACUGCCAGAAGGGGAGGUGAACCCAGCUGCACCAUUACCCAAACAUGUGAUGGUCAUAAUGGAGCAGCUUCAGAGACUGGAACUGGAGCUGAGUGAGGUCACCAGGAACAAGGAGAAACUCCAGAAGAACCUUCUGGAACUGACUGAGUACACACACAUGCUACGCAUCACACGCAACUUUGUGCACCGCAGUGCAGAGAGGAGGCCGUCACAGGUUCAGUAUGAAGAGUUUCCCUUCCUAGAGAAAGAACCCAUGAUGGACUACACCAGCAUGCAGAGGCUUGGAGCCAAGCUUGGGUUCAUUUCUGGGCUCAUCCAGAGCGUAAAAAUCGAGGCGUUUGAGCGAAUGCUGUGGAGAGUGUGUAAGGGCUACACCAUCCUCAGCUACUCGGAGGUAGAUGGGCUUUUGGAGGACCCUGCUACGGGGGAGCCAACCAGGAGUGUGGUGUUUCUCAUCUCCUACUGGGGAGAUCAGAUUGGACAGAAAGUUAAGAAGAUUUGUGACUGCUACCACUGUCAUCUGUACCCAUACCCCAACAGUAAUGAGGAGAGGACAGAUGUGGUGGAGGGGCUCCGCACACGCAUUCAGGACUUGCACACAGUUCUUCACCGGACUGAGGAUUACCUGAAGCAGGUGUUGAUCAAGGCCUCAGAGUCUGUGUACGUUUGGGUGAUCCAGGUUAAGAAAAUGAAGGCCAUAUAUCACAUCCUUAACCUCUGCAGUUUUGAUGUCACAAACAAGUGCCUCAUAGCUGAGGUGUGGUGUCCCGUAAAUGAUCUGCCCGCUCUUCGGAGAGCUCUAGAGGAUGGAUCGAGGAAGAAUGGAGCAACAGUUCCCUCAUUUGUCAAUCGUAUCCCAAGCAAUGACACUCCACCAACCCUCAUACGCACCAACACGUUUACCUCAGGCUUUCAGAAUAUAGUGGAUGCCUACGGCGUAAGCAGCUACAGAGAGGUCAACCCAGCUCCAUAUACAAUCAUUACCUUUCCCUUCCUGUUUGCUGUGAUGUUUGGAGACCUCGGGCAUGGCAUCAUCAUGGCACUGUUUGCUCUGUGGAUGGUUCUCUAUGAGAAUGACCGCAAACUGAAGAAAACCAGAAAUGAGAUCUGGAACAUUUUUUUCGAGGGCCGUUACAUCAUCCUGUUGAUGGGUAUAUUUUCAGUCUACACUGGAUUAAUAUACAAUGACUGCUUCUCUAAAUCACUCAACCUGUUCGGCUCGGGGUGGAACGUCAGCGCUAUGUUUGUGCCUGGAGUCUGGAGUCCAAGUACACUCCGCUCAAAUAGCUUCCUUGCACUGGAUCCAAACGUCACAGGAGUCUUUAAAGGGCCCUAUCCUCUGGGCAUUGACCCGAUCUGGAACCUGGCAUCCAACCGUCUCACCUUCCUGAACUCCUAUAAGAUGAAGAUGUCUGUGAUCAUAGGAAUAAUCCACAUGACUUUUGGAGUCGUCCUUGGCGUUUUCAAUCACCUGCACUUCAGACGGACAUUCAAUCUGUACCUGAUAUUUAUUCCUGAGCUGCUCUUCCUGCUCUGCCUCUUCGGCUAUCUGGUCUUCAUGAUCAUUUAUAAGUGGCUGUUUUUCACAGUCAGAGACUCUCAGACAGCUCCCAGCAUUCUCAUCCACUUUAUCAACAUGUUCCUGAUGCAGGGGGACUCCAGUCAGCCCCUCUACCCAGGACAGGCUGGGUUUCAGGUGUUCCUGCUGAUUGUGGCUGUGCUCUCUGUGCCUGUGUUACUCUUGGGCAAACCUCUCUACCUCUACUGGCAACACAAGGGCAGAGACCACUUGAGCAUGUACCGGGGUUAUCAGCGUGUACGGCGGAGCAGUGAGGAGGAGCUCUCUCUCAUGCAUGCCCAUGAUGUGGAGGAGGGCACCAGUCUGGACAGCCACUCCUUCAGCUCUGACAGCCAAUCAGAGGAGUUUGAUUUUGCUGAUGUCUUCCUCCAUCAGUCCAUCCACACUAUAGAGUACUGCCUGGGCUGCAUCUCUAACACUGCGUCUUACCUCCGUCUGUGGGCUCUCAGCCUGGCACAUGCCCAGCUCUCUGAAGUGUUGUGGGCGAUGGUGAUACGGGUGGGUCUGCGUGUGGACACCAGUGUGGGCAUUGUGUUCCUGGUGCCUGUUUUUGGUCUGUUUGCUGUCCUCACUGUGUCCAUCCUGCUGGUGAUGGAGGGACUUUCAGCCUUCCUUCAUGCUCUCAGACUCCACUGGGUGGAGUUCCAGAAUAAGUUCUAUAGCGGCGCUGGCGUCAAGUUUGUACCAUUUGCCUUCUCUCUCUUGCACACCAGCUUUGAAAACGAGGGGUUGUUGUGAACUGUGGCACGCUAAACACCAGACCAGAGCAGAUCUGUGAGCUUCAUUUGAACAGGUUUACACGUUGCACUACAUGCCAAAGUGGUCCAACCAAAUACUCUUUAUAGGGAGAUACCAGAUCAGCAUUGACGAUACUGAGCCACAUCAGAUGCUUGAACAUUUUGGGACAUGCAACCGUAACACAAACACGCUGAGAAAAAAGAAACAGCUCUGGACUGUAAAUAGGACUCUUGAGUGCUUUUUUUAUGUGUUGAAUGUAUUAGCUCUUCACAAAAGUGCUGUUUGUGAAUAUCAUUUUUCUAUCAUGCCUGUUGACUGUGCAGAGAUCGUUGACUCUCCAUAGCUGAGCACAUUCCAUGAGUGACUUUGAGGUUUAACUUUUUUGUUUAUUGGCAGUCGAGCAAGUGAUUUAACGGCUUGUUUAAAUUCCAGCAUUUUCAUCCUCCAUAUGGCUCAUGUAGUUCAUUCAUAGUGUUGAAUGGAACUGUGCUUCGAUAACAACAGAUAUAACACAAGCAGGAGUUCGUACUUUUGGGCACAGUAUUUCUCAGAUGUUGGCAACAAGAUGCUCAGAAAGGGCAACAAUGACUUGCCUAAACGUUAGCCCAAAUGUGUUCAUUCUUCAUGUUGAUUAGCCCAGAUCUCGUUUCUGUUGGGCUGUAUAGUUUGUUUCAAAUCCUGCUGCAGCUGAUCUUCUUUCUGUUUGAAAAAUCUCCUCAAGAACCUCUUCUAGCCCACAGGAGGCUCAGAUAUUUCUACGUGCCUAAUAUGCUGAAUGUAUUCUGAUGGGUGGGUGGUGGAUUUAAUUUUUCAGAUGAAGUCAUUUAGAAUUGAAUUAAUUUAAUGAGGAAAUGCAUUGUAUCAUUGUGUUGGUGUUCAGGGCGAAACUCUCAAAGUGGUUUAUUUUUAAUUGUAUCAUAAAUGGAGAUGUUUUUAGUGAUUUUUAACCUGCAGAUCUGUUCAGUUACUCUGUUCUGCUUCUCCACAAUGGUCCUUUUUUAAACUCUUGAAUUUAAUGUGAGAUUUUGGUGUGUGGAUUGUGAGCCACUGAAUUCAUUCCAGUUUUUAAAAAUGUAUUAACAGUACUUACUUUGAUUUCUAUCUAUCGUUUGACGGGUCUGUUUACAUUCCACAUUUUGCAUAUGAGCUCUAUAUUAACAUUAUACAAUAAAAUCAAACCUGUGAAGCUGGGGUAAUAAAACUGUUUGAUUAAAUGACUCGAUUUGAUAUUUUUGAGCAAAGGCUUUAAUAC